AUUUUCAUUUAAUUUUCUAAUCUUGCUCAUUAAUUAAGAAGUAUCUAAAAGGAAAGGAAGAUAGAUAGAAAUGGCAAACCAAGGUAAUAGGGGUCUCAGCUACAAGACUGAUGAAACUGGAGGCCAAGCUCAGAUGAUGCAUGAUGACUAUAUAGACCAACUUCACCAGAGCUCCUCAAGCCAAGGCAUCAACCUCCAACAGACUAAAGAAAGUGUCGUGAACAUGGCACAAGGAGCGGCACAUGGAGCGGCAAACAUGGCGAAAGGGGCAGCAACGGAAGCAGCCAACAUGGCACAAGGGGCAACUACAGCGGUGAAGAACACUCUAGGGAUGAGCAACACUGACCCUAAUCGUCACCCAAGCAAUCCAAAUAGGAGGAUUUGAAAAAAUGUCUUAGACUCCUAAAAAGAUUAUCAUAAUUUGACUCAUAAUGACGUGGUACGAUAGAUGUCAAUUUUUUAUUUAUCAUACACUCAAUCGUCUAUGACCUAACUCUCUUACCACAUCAUUAUGAGUGCAUUUAAGAAUUUAAAUUGUGAGUCUAAUAUUUCUUUUUGUUGUUUGGUGUCUUUCUCUUUUGAGUUGGUCUUUGUUUGUGUCAUUGUGAAAGCUUGUUGUGGGCAUUAGAUGCCUUUAUUUUUGACGAGUUUUUUCUCUUAUUAUUGUCAUUUGAUUACUUAUAUCUAUUGAAA